AUGUACCCACCUGAUAUCCCAGAACCCAAAGAAGUCUCUCUUGCCUCUGCCCUAUCUUCUGAAUUUGCCAAGGAAUCAGUACGAUCAUCAAUUUUCAACAAUAAUAAUAUUAAUAACCGGCCUCUGUCGUCGUACUUUGCUUGUAUUGUUCCUUGGUGGAAUACAUCACACCACAAUAAACAAGACAACACCGAAAAAUUAGCCUGGUGCUAUCGACCACUUAACCACUCCAAAUCAGUAGGCUACAGACCCUUCAAGCAAAAGAACCAGUGUAUCUUGUGGGAACAUGCCCUUCGAAUGGAACAAGUCGAUUCUGCUGAGCAGGAGGAGUGUCAUGUCUGGGAACGUGACAAGAACGGAGUCAAGCGAGACAUCAGAGUUAUCAUUGAAGAACAAGUUGGAUUUGUUGCCGAUCCUUACCGAACACAGCCGCUGGUCUAUGAGGUCAGUGUGUGUAGCAUGGUCAAGAUGAGCUGGAGACAGAGGUUAAUUCAGGCACAAGCUAAAAAGCUCAGAUGA